CUGCCGCCCACCGCACCGCCCAUUCACCUCACCGGCUUGGCUUCAUCCAAAAGGUCGUGAACGCGUCUUGGCUUGAUACACAUGUGCUUGCAAGGACACAAGGCAAGUCGACACAGGCAGGCAUCACACGAACAAGCCAGCGCAAAACUGUCUCAAUCAGUCAGCAGUUAAACCGACACCAUGCACCAAAAACGAGUCAUCAUUCCCUCAGCUGCCGAGGCGAUCGAUCAGUUGAUGCCCAGCGACACCCACUGCUGGCCUGUCUGGCCGGUGACGUAGCCCAGUCGGCCCCACUGGAACUCACAGUCGUCAUUGCCCUCCUCGUUGUUGAAGCCCUUCACCACCCCCUCCAGCCCGUGUUGCUUCACCUCAUCCAGCCGGGCGCCGUGCACCACCUCGCGGACCCCAAGACGCCUGUGCGUGUGGUGCUGGCCGGCAUCGAGGGCGAAGCACUGCAGCUGCGGCCCACACACCAUCUGCCCGUCCGGCCCCCGACUCCACCCGCCCACCACCUCCCGAUUGCUGACCGUCUUGGUAGCCGCCCACUUGACGAAAUGCCCGACGGCCUCCCGGACGCGCCGCUUGAUUGCCGAUGCGUUGGUGAGGUAGCUGUCGAUGGCGGUGAGUGCGGCGGGGGGGUCGUGCAGGAAGGCCCCGAUCUUCCAUGCGAUGGCGGCGGCCUCCUGUGGUCCGAAUGAGAGGUGGGAGGGGGAAGGAGGGUGGGGGAUGGAGGCGUCCUCGUCGUUGUGGUCCACAAAGGGCAGGAUGCGCGUCAUGAUGAUGUCGGCGUCGCGCUGGGGGGCGAGGGCGGCGUUGAUGGCGCCCAUGACGACGAAGGGCAGCUCGUUGAGUACAACCACGUACUCCUUCAGCACCGCCUCACGCCGCUCGCGCUCAACGGGUGUGGUGGUGGGAAGCACGCUCGUCGAGAGGUCGGCUCCCGCCCGCAGCAGGGACCGCACCAUCAGCUUGAAGUUGCGAAUGCGCUCAGCUGUCUCGUCCCGCAUGUCGUCGCCGUCGUCACCGUCCCACUCGUCAAGCAGGUCUUCCAGUCGUCUUGCGGCAUGCCAGAGCGGCGGGGCAACAACCUGUGCAGGGUUGAUGUCAGCGGGUGUGGCAAGACGCUCGCACAGGUAGUCCACCACCCAGUGGUUGCCGUGAAGGGCGGCAUACCGCAGUCUAGAACUCACCGUGGUCGCCGAUACGGGGUUGCCGUACUGCACCAGGGUGUCCAUGUACUCGUAGGUGAAGGCCUUGGACAGAAGGGGCCGUGAGAGAGCUGCCGUGAGCACCGCACUGCCAGUCAGUGACGGGUUAUGCUGCAGCAGCCGGCGGGCCACUCGGAUGAGGGCAUCGCCAUAGGCUUGCGAUGGCCGGAGGGGAGGGAAGCGGUGAAGGGGGAAGGAUACAUGGUCGACCUGAUUUGUGGCUAACAGCACCUCCACUGCGUCAAUGUUGCCCGUCAUGGACGCCACAUUGAUCGGCCUCAUGCCCUCGUGAUAGGGACGAUGGAGGUUGACGUUGGCGCCGCAGCUGAUGAGCGCCUGGAGUAUGUCCCGCUGCAGUUGGCGUGACGACCACGGUGUGAGCAGCAGUGGCGUCUGGAGUUCUCCGAAUCCAUCCCCCACACAGGGGGGACGCUGCCGGUCGGGUCGUCAAUCGCCAGCGACAGCAGCGGCAUCCACUUGGUGCGUCGAUGGACUCCAGAUGCCUUAUCGCGGAAGCCGACCAGUGUGUCGGGGUCGGCUCCUUUGGUCUGGAUGAGUCGUGUGGCGAUGGCGGGCGUCAGCUCACGGCGCAGAAUGCGGUGGACGAGCCGCUUGGUGGCGGGGCUGGUGUUGUGCUGCCAGCAGAGGUCAAUGCCGCCUUUCAGUAGAGGCGGCUGGGCGGUGCUAUCGGGCUGAUCGGACAUGGUGAUGCACUACGUCUGCAACACACACAGGCAGGACAACAGGCCUCAUCAGCGCUUGCCUUUGUUGGUAUCUCACGCGCAUGCAUUUCGUGAAGCCUACCUGAUUGAAUCAACAGUCGAUGUGGUCGCCUGCUGCACUCGAUGCCGUCACACAGAGCACGUCACACGGUGCAUGGGGGGAGAUCUCUCUAUACUCCACUACUCUUACAGCUCGCCCACCACCACCACCCACAUCUCCUCUGCCCUCUCCUCCGGUUAGUCGGGUUAGACGCUGCCGGAAAUUCCCGCGCUGCCUGUGCUCGAGAGCUGGGGUCCAGGGAGGCGCGGUUGCGGAGAUAUGAGCGGAAAUGCGUU